AUGAGUGUUGACCAACAGACUUGGCGCAGGGUCGCCAAAACAGGCCUGACCGGCCUGGACCCGGACAAGGCUUGCCCAGGCAAUUUUGUUUAUUCCCCCUAUAACGGUGACGGCGCCGGUAAGGGCGUUACUUUCCUGCUGGACAUGGAAGGCAAUGAACUGCAUCGCUGGCACCCGCCCACUCCUCCGGGUUCCUGGGGCUAUCUGUUGCCCAACGGCAAUCUCUUCUACAUGGCCAAAGCGGAGCAGACCGACGCCCGCGCCAUGCCCGCCACCAACUUUGUCGGCGGCUGGCUGGUGGAACUGGACUGGGACAGCAACAUCGUGUGGGAGCACGUCAACCCGGCCCAGCACCACGAUGCCCGUCGCACCGAGUCGGGCGGGGCCAUUUUCCUCACCCUGGAGACCAUCCCGUCCGAGGUUGCAGACCAGGUAAAGGGUGGUCAGCCGGGCAGCGGCCUGGAGGCAGACCACGAAGGCGGUCAGGAAGCCACCACCCACAUGUGGGCCGACCACUUGAUUGAGGUGGAUGCCACCGGCAACCAGGUAUGGGACUGGCACGCAUACCAGCAUCUGGACCUGGAAGAGGACAUUAUCACCCCCGGAGAGCCCCGCCACGAAUGGAGCCACGGCAAUACCGUUGUGCCCCUGGACGGUGACCGGGUGCUGGCCAGCUUCCGCAACAUCUCCACGGUGCUGAUGAUCGACAAGAAGUCGGGUGACAUUACGUGGAAAGUGGGGUGGGACGUCAUAUCCCGCCAGCACGACCCCAGUCUGCUGCCCAACGGCAAUAUCCUGCUGUUCGACAACGGGGAGCGGCGCAAGAACGACGUACGCAUCUUCUCGCGGGUGGUGGAGAUUGACCCCCGCACCAACGAGAUAGUCUGGGAGUACCGGGACAAUCCCUACUUCAACUUCUACAGCUCCCGAAUCUCAGGCGCUCGCCGGAUGCCCAACGGCAACACCUUGAUAACCGAGGGCAUGUUUGGCCGGAUGUUCCAGGUAACGCCCGAAGGCGAGGUUGUGUGGGAGUACAUCAAUCCCUACUUCCCGGUUGGCACCGACGGUUAUGAGGACAACCGGGUCUUUCGCUGUAGUUGGUACAUGCCCGGGGAGAUACCACAGCUGGGGUAG